GAACGCGCUGCUCGCCCUCGUAUUGCUCUGUAGACGCGCUCCUCGGCCUCGGUAAAGAUGGCGGAGCUGCAGAUGCUGCUGGAGGUGGAGAUCCCUGCGGGGAGAACAGCUCUGCUGGACGGAUUCAACAACCUGCUGACGGUCGCUGAAUACUGCGAGAACAACUAUGUCCAGUCCACAGACAAGCAGCGAGCGCUGGAGGAGACCAAGAGCUACACAACCCAGUCUCUGGCCAGCGUGGCCUACCUCAUCAACACGCUGGCCAACAACGUGCUGCAGAUGCUGGACAUCCAGGCCUCACAGCUGCGCUGCAUGGAGAGCUCCGUCAACCACAUCUCACAGACCGUUGACGUCCACAAAGAGAAGGUGGCGCGGCGGGAGAUCGGCAUCUUGACCUCCAACAAGAACUCCUGCCGCUCGCAUAAAAUUGUCGCUCAGUCCAAUCCCGAGAGGCCGGUGCGCUACGUCAGGAAGCCCAUCGACUACGGCGUCCUGGACGACAUCGGACACGGAGUCAAGUGGUUGUUGAGGUUCAAGGGGAACGGCCAACAGAACAUGAAAUUCGGAAGCCUGUCCCGGACCACCCCCCCCUCCCAGAAACCACCCAGUCCUCCGAGGGCAGGCAGAGUCGUCUUUGGGAAGAGCUCCCCCUGCAGGACCUUGGAGCCAGUGUGCCCCCCAGUGGUGCCCAACCAUUAUGUAUCCAGCCCCACCAGAAACAGUAUGGCCCCUGGGCAGAUUCCCAGUCCGGCUCGCACCGCCACCCUCAACCAUCGACCCCGAACCUUCAGUGGCAGCAGUGGCGGCAGUCACCUCAGCAGCAGCAGCCGAAGCAGCAGCAGAGAAAACAGUGGCAGCGGCUGGGGGGGCGUUCCCAUUGCCGUGCCAACGCCCUCCCCACCCUCCACCUUCCCAGUUUCUCCGACUGCUGGACCAGCUAGCUCCUCCUCCACCGCUCCUAACUCCUCCCCCUCCCCGACUCCGUCCUCCUUCUCCUCCUCCUCCUCCUCCACCACAACCCUCACACAACCCAACGCACCCCUGCAGCCCAACCCCCCUACACGACCAGCUGACCCCCCUCCUCAGUUGAACGCACCCUCCAGCACCCCCCCCCUCGCUCACCCCUCGUCUGAGCUCCAGUCCGACACUUUACCUGGAGAAGAGUCUCCUCUUCUUCCUCCUGCCCCUCCUCCUCCUCCUCUGUCCUCCUCUUCCUCACCUGCUGAAGGUCCGAUGGUCCCUCACUUCUACAGCAUGAACCGACCUCAGCCACGACACCAGACUGCACAGGUGGGCGGGUCGCUGCCUUACCGCCGCCCCCCCUCUGUGACGGACCAGCCCAUCGUAACAGAGAACCAUGUCAACGGGGGUCCCUGCUACAACCAAAGCCCAGCCUCCCCCCCGCCUCCAUCGCUCCUCCAGUUCAGCCCUCAGCUGCCUCUCAUGGGGUUCGUUGCUCGGGUUCAGGAGUCCAUUUCAGACGCCCCUCCGGCUCCGGCUGCUGAGAGCCAAUCAUGGCCCGAGGAGCUCCUGCCGACUCCUCAGCCAAUGGAAGAUGGACAUGAGGAGGACUCGGCAGUGGUGGAGCACAGCGACCCGUACACUGAAGAAGACCCUGCGUGGGCCCCAAGAAGCUACCUGGAGAAAGUGGUGGCCAUCUAUGACUACACAGCUGACAAGGAGGACGAGCUAUCGUUCCAGGAAGGAGGCAUCAUCUACGUGGUGAAGAAGAACGAGGACGGGUGGUUCGAGGGGGUGAUGAACGCCACCACCGGCCUCUUCCCCGGGAACUACGUGGAGUCCAUCAUGCACUACGCGGACUGAGGAGAGAGAAGAAGAGCUUCUGUCGUCCGGUUCAGUCCUGAAGAGAAUUAUCAUUUUUUGUUUCGGCUCCUUUUGAUCCACAAUCACAAGCAGAUGUGUCUCCAGCUGCUGUGGAGACGCUGAACGCGUUCCUCCACGUCUCCAGAUGUUCGCACCGAUCUGACCUGCAGGAAGCUCGUUAGAACAAGAAGCAGCAACUUAAUGUUGUUAGAAGUUUUUAAACUGAGUUUUAUUGUGAUGACAAGAAGUUCAUUCAGAGAUGGUGUCGCACAUAAUUUAUUGCUUGAAAUCAAAAAAUUAUUUUCUUUAAGUAUCUAUGUCUGUUCUUGCAAUCAGUUCAUAUCUAACGCAAGCAUUAGAAGCUGUUUAUUAGAAAUUCUGUUUAAAAAGUUCUUCUCUGCUUCUAUCACUUCUUCUUGUGAGGUUAGCAUGCUAAGCACAGAUUGAGAGGAGGCUAUGCAGAGGACACGUUUGCACUGAACACUGAAACCCAACAUCUCUGUUUGGCUCAAAACACUUUGAAUUCCCGCUUCUGGCCUUUUCUUGUUUAAGGAGUAAUUGGACCAGUGUCCUGUUGAGCUGUAGCAGAGCUCGGUCUCAUUCGGAAACGUACACACCAAGGUUGGAUUCAUAAAAACGAACUUUCAAAUUCAAGUCUGACCCGUGUGAACAUUUCGGAGGGAGAAAGUUGUGAUUCAUGGUUUAAAGUGGGUUAGGGUGGAGGACGGACUUGAAGGCUGAUCCACGUAUGAACGUUUCCAGAUGGACUGUGAUUUAUUAAGUUGUGUUCAGGUGUGCGUGCGCCAUUUCCGGCUUCUGUGCGCACGUACACUUUUAGUAUGAAUCCCCCGCACUGUUUGAUAAAUGAGACUCCUGGAGUUUCUGCUGCAGCUUCUUCAUUUCAGGAUUUAAAAGUUGCUGCCACACGGAUACAUCACGCCAACGUGAAUAAAUAAUACAUAAUAUUUAGGUAAAUUAAAAUAAAUAAUUGAGAUAAAAAGCCAGAAUAGCGGCAGGAUGUUUUUAUAGGACCAGGAACCUUGAAUAUGUACGACACAAACUUAUUGCAAACCACAAACAUAAGAACUGCCACAUAGAAUGAAAUCUGUGGUUUAGGUCUAUUCACAUCCACACUCUUUCUUCUCACACGAGAAUUGACGACAUGCACACAAAAAGUUUUGUUAUCGAAUUUUAUUAUAUCUUUAAAUAGAGAAAUGUGUCUCAAACAGUUCAUGUACAAUAUCUACAAAUUGUUUCCCCAGCACUCACACCUGAACUGGAGUUUCCUGGAGGACGAGGCUGAAGUCACAUCCUCCUGUUGGAGCUCAUCUUCAGGUCCUGCUUCUGACCUGGGACCUUAUGUGGUUGGAUUUCUUGAUCAGGGCCAGCUGAGCUUUUCCAUCUUUAACCUGAGUCCUCAAAAAACGCAACUCUGUGUGCAGCUCGUUGAUUUCUUUAAUCAUAGAAACGUUCUCCUUGUUAAUCCUGGUGUAGAUCUUCUGAUGUUCCUCAGCAGAUUUAGCCAGCUUCACCUUGAGACUGUUGAUGGUCCUCUCGAAGCAAUCCCGCUGGCGAUAUACGGCCCUGUGAGCAUCUCUGUCUACGUUGCUUAUCUCCUGCCGUUCAGUGUGCGAUACGUAGCGGGCGUAGAUCCUCAGCAGGCUGUCCUUCAGUUUCCUCGGCUCUUGGAUGAGGUCGACACAGUUAUGGAGGUCUGACUUGAGCCGCUGAAGCUUCUUCUCAGUCCUGAGUUUGAUCUCGUGGAUCUUCCUCACCUCGUCUUCCUCUGCAUGCUUCAUGAUCUCUUUAAAGUCAUGGGUCUGCUGCUCUGCCUCCUCCAGACACUGAUCCAGCUGCUGAGUCUUCUCCUGCAGCUUGGCCUCGCUGGCCUGUAUCAGCUUCUCCAGGGUUUGAAUUUUGUCGUCUGUGGACUCGAGCUGCAUCUCGUUUUCAUCCUGCACUCCCCGACACUGACGCUGAGCCGUGCACACGUUCUGAGCGUCAGGCGUUUCAGCAGCAGUCGACGGUUGCUGUGCCCGAGGAAGCUGCUCAGUGUCGUCUCUCAGGUUAUCCGACUCUCUUCUCUUCCCCAGAGGCCGGGUCUGCAUCGUUUUAAUCUCGGCUGAAAGAAACUUAUUCUGGUGUGAUAGAAAGGUCUUGUCUUCAGUCUCAGUCUCCAGCCUGGUCGUGAGCUCUCGGACCUUCUUAUCCUGACAGGCGAGAGCUUUUUUCAUUUGCCGGAGCUCAGCUUUCAACGCCUUCAUGUUACCAUUAGGCCCAUUUGUCUUUGUGAUCACCAUGGUGGAUCACUAUCACUACCGGUCUGUAUAUCUGACAACUGUGUGUCUGACAACUGCUGAGCUGCUGGAUCUCCUGGAGACGGAAACUCAAGUCCAGGUGAACCUCGAACCGUCGAUCAUUUUGAAACUUUGAGGUGACUUUGAUUUGGAGACGUCUUUGAUGGAGCCUGUGAUUUCUCACUUUGUGAUUGGUUCCCUUUGAUCUGCUGAGCAGGGGACAACCCCUUCCGGAGCGACUCAGGUUUAAGUGCCUUGCUCAGUGGCAAAAUGACAACAGCCAUAGGGAUUGAACUCACAAACUUACUUCUAUUCCAUUUGGAAACCCAGAUCCCAAACCACUAAACCACCACCUGGCUAACCUUUAACUUCCUGUUACAUCACAGGUCAAACAGCAAAUGAUAUGAACUUAUCUUUCUUCUCUUGAAAUAAAUGAUAAGGCCCCGAAAACUAUCAGGAGCCAGAACAUACACAGUGUAUAGCUGUAAUUGAUCAUUCAAACAUAAAGGGAUUCAUCCUAUAUUCUCAUUAAAUGUUUAGAAAGUUAAAGAAAACACUGAUGUGAUGCUCCUCCUUGAAAACAAACAGAAACCAGAGCGUUAAUGGAUGAACGUGUGGCAAAGUGCAGUACUGCAGCUGAAGAGACCGUGUCCGGGUGGAUGCUGAUUGGUCGUCAGCUCUGCAGAACAGAAACUUCUUGAGCUUCGUGUUGGAUUGUUUUUAUAAAUGAAGUUUUUUCUUUUGUCCAAGAUAUCAAAUGUAUUGUGUGAAUGACACCAAAGUAAAAAUAUCAAUAGCAGUUCAGUCGGAAUGUUUUGCCAUCGUGAUGAAAGUCAAACAUUAACACAUCACUGGUGUUGAAGCUGAUUCACAUCCCACUGCCUCCCUCAGCGACCUAUUGAAUCAUAACUAACAUUUAUUUAAACACAUUUAAAGUCGAGCCUUUUAUUUAUUUACUUGCCUCAGCGUGUCGUGAAUUGCAGCUCAACCCCCCCCCCCCCGUGGACAUGUGGGACCUGAUGCCAGUGCUGAGGUUUACAGUGUUUGCCUGCAUGAUGAUAUUUAACUGACUUUUCAUCUUCUGUUGCUUCUUUGUAUUUAUUCUUCUUAUACUUUGACCAAGAUGCUUUAAUGUUUGAAGUGGAGGUGUUGAGGAUUGUGGUUGUUGUGGCCAUUUAAGAUAGAGGAGAUAUUUUUGUGCCAUAAUCGUGUGUGUGCGUGUGUGUGUCUGUGAGAACCUGACCCAAAUCUUCCCUUGUGGACUCUUGUUGACUGAGGUGAACAUGGUCUUUGCUUUGUGUGAACUUUCCCUUUAACCAGUCUGGACUCGUGUUGAUCUGGAGGUUGAAUCUCACCAGGACCAGAAAUAAUAAGUUUCAUCCUGACAAACUGUUUUACUUCAGUCGUCAAACACCAACAUUCAUUUGUUUUCAGGGUGAAUGUGAGUUUAAAAAAGUACUUACAAUUACUUCGUAGAAAAAAUAAAAACUCGAGGAAAUGUGAAAAUACAGGUUCUCCUUCAGUUAUGUUGACGCUAUCAGCUGUUUAUGAUAUUACGGAAAAUGAGAGUGUUUAAUGAUUGAAAGAAGUGAUGUUCAACUAGAGUUUUGUUUAGUGUUUGUACAUAAACAUGUUUGUUUCUCAGUCGAGCUCAGAUCUCCAUCAACAGUUCAUUAAAGCUACAGAACAGGACGUCUGGAGAAACUCUGUUUCUCAAAGUGAACCACACUGAAAGAACAUCUUAUUCAAUGAUAUCUGAAGAAUUUUCUUAUAUUUGCUCUUUCGAAGAUUUCUAAGAAAUAUAUACGUCAGAUUCGUGACGCGUUCUGAAACUGCAGUUGUUUGUAUCUGUGUUAUAUUGAUGAAUUCCAUGUGUUGGUAAGUGUGUGUUCCAGUUGAUACCAGGAGAGUCUUAUAAGUGAAGUGAAAGAGUAAGAACGGUUGAUGAAUUAUGCUCAUUGAUCUUUUGAUAAAUUAUUGUCUGUGUGACUGUU